AUGAAGGUGGCGCUCUUAUGGUGCUGUAGCAGCCGGAUUGCGAGCUGCGCAGUCGGCUACACGACGCUCUCGCCCUCCGUGGACGCGGAGGACCACGGUGUUGUAUUGCGGGAGGAGGACGCCGCCGUUUCGAAUCGCAGCUGGACGACCAUCCACCAGCUGGGGGCGAAGCAGAAGAAGAUAUUCGGCUCGGUGCCGCUGCGUCCCGCUAACGGGGAAAGUGACAGUAGUCACAUCAGUCGCGUGAAGAUACAAAACAUUUCGGCCGGUUAUUUUCAGGAAGUCGCCGACAUUGCCGUCGCGCAUGAGCCGACUCAACCCACGUCAGCGAGCACAGUACUUAAAACGCUCUCUGAACGGCAUAUACGGCCUCAGCGUGAACAACCGCCUCUGCGGCGAUCGCAUUGUGCCAACGAUUAG